GAAGCCCAUCGGGCGCUGUCAGUCCCCCGGGAGGCCUGCACUUCCGGCCAGGCCCAGGUCGGGCAUCCAUAACCACCGGGGGGCCGCGAUCCGGAAAAGCCGGAAGCGGCCGGCCCGGAGAAGGGAUGACGGACGCUGUGUAGGCCCAGGGAGGGCUCGAGCCUUGCAGCCUGCGCUCCGCUCAGUCCCGCCGCGGCGCUGGCCGGGACUACACUUCCCAGGACGCUUUGCGGUGGCCGCACACGCCCACUUCCGGCAGCGGCCCGCGGCCCGGGUUGGUGCGGCCCGGCGGUGUCGGGGUCUCGGCGGCCGGGGUGGGCGCGGGGCGGGGCGGGGCCGGCUGGACGCCGGGCGUGCCCGGGGCGGGAGGGCGAGCGAGCGCGCGCGCCGCGCAGACAUGCAGGGGGAGGCGGGCACGGGUAGGAGUGCGGGGUCCCGCGGGCAGGAGUCCCCGCCGCGGCGAGGCGCCCCCAGCACAAAGCCCGGGGCGGGCCGGGGCCGGACUGCGGGGACCCCGACUGCCUUCGUCCGUCCCGCCCGGGGAAGGCCGCGCGGGAGGAAUGGGCUCCCGUCCAAGAGCCAGCGAGGAGCGGUGUCGACGGGGCCUGAGAACCGAGCUCUGCCUUCCAGAGGCCCUGCGCUUCUCCAGGACAGGAGGCAGAAGCAGGAGGCCGCGGGGACAGGACCUGAACUGAAAGCCUUGUCUCGGAGCUUGGUGACCUUCGGGGAUGUGGCCGUAGAUUUCUCCCAGGAGGAGUGGGAGUGGCUGAACUCGGCUCAGAGGAACCUGUACAGGAGUGUGAUGUUGGAGAACUACAGGAACCUGGCCUCUCUGGGACUCUGCGUUUCCAAGCCCGAUAUGAUCUCCUCGUUGGAACAGAGGAAAGAGCCCUGGAUGGUGAAGAGAAGGCUGACAAGAGGCCGGGGCCCUGAUUUGGAGGCAGGGCCAGAGACCAAGGAGUUACCCGCGAAGAAGGACAUCUGUAAAGAAAAGUUGUCCCAGGUGGUGAUCAUGGAGAGACUCACAAACCACAGUCUGGAAUGCUCCAUAUUAGGGGAAGACUUGGAUUAUGGUGCUCUGCUUGAGAGGCCGCCGGGCUUGGUGACCAUCACGAACAUGGCCGUAGACUUCUCCCAGCAGCUGGACCCAGCUCAGAAGAGUUUCUGUAAGAAUGUGAUGUGGGAGAAUCGUAGUGACCUGGGGUCCGUAGGGUCCUGUGUGUCUAAGGCCGACUUGGUCUCUCUGCUGCAGCAAGAGAAGGAGCCCUGGAUGGUGGACAGAGAGCUGCCGAAGGGCCUGGGGUCAGGUCAACAAUCUAUACAUGAGACCCAGGAAUUAUUUCUAAAGCAGGAUUCAUUUGCUGAAGUAACAGACAGAACUUCAAACACUAAUUUGGAGUGUUCCGCUUUCGGAGAAAAUUGGGAUUCUGAGGGUGUGUUUGAAAGGAAGCUGGUAGGUCAGGAGACACAAUUCAGGCAAGAGACAAUCACUCAUAACAAGAUGCUCUCGAAGGAAAGAGAACGUACUUUUAACAAAUCUGGAAGAUGGUUUCAUUUGGACAUUUCAGAAGAGAGAGUUCAUAAUCAUGAUUCAGUUAAGAAAAAUUUUCCCAAAAAUUCAGUGGUAAUAAGACAUACAGGAAUUUAUGCAGGAAAAAAACUUUUCAAAUGUAAUGAAUGUAAGAAAACUUUUACCCAGAGCUCAUCCCUUACUGUUCAUCAGAGAAUUCAUACUGGAGAGAAACCCUAUAAAUGUAACGAAUGUGGAAAGGCCUUCAGUGACGGCUCAUCCUUUGCCAGACAUCAGAGAUGUCACACUGGCAAGAAGCCUUAUGAAUGUAUUGAAUGUGGGAAAGCCUUCAUACAGAACACAUCCCUUAUACGUCAUUGGAGAUAUUACCACACUGGGGAGAAACCCUUUGAUUGCAUCGAUUGUGGGAAAGCCUUCAGUGAUCACAUAGGACUUAAUCAACAUAGGAGAAUUCAUACUGGAGAGAAACCCUACAAAUGUGAUGUAUGUGACAAAUCCUUUAGGUAUGGCUCAUCCCUUACUGUGCAUCAAAGGAUUCAUACUGGAGAAAAACCAUAUGAAUGUGAUGUUUGCAGAAAAGCCUUCAGCCAUCAUGCAUCACUCACUCAACAUCAAAGAGUGCAUUCUGGAGAAAAGCCUUUUAAAUGUAAAGAGUGUGGGAAAGCCUUUAGGCAGAAUAUACACCUUGCUAGUCAUUUGAGGAUCCACACUGGGGAGAAGCCCUUCGAAUGUGGGGAAUGUGGUAAAUCCUUCAGCAUCAGUUCACAGCUGGCUACUCACCAGAGAAUUCAUACUGGAGAGAAGCCCUAUGAAUGUAAGGUUUGUAGUAAAGCAUUCACCCAGAAGGCUCACCUUGCACAGCAUCAGAAAACUCAUACGGGAGAGAAACCAUAUGAAUGUAAGGAAUGUGGUAAAGCCUUCAGCCAAACCACACACCUCAUUCAACACCAGAGAAUUCAUACUGGAGAGAAACCCUACAAAUGUGUCGAAUGUGGGAAGGCCUUUGGUGAUAACUCAUCCUGUACUCAACAUCAGAGGCUUCACACUGGCCAAAGACCUUAUGAAUGUAUUGAAUGUGGGAAGGCAUUCAAGACAAAGUCAUCCCUUAUUUGUCAUCGCAGAAGUCAUACAGGAGAAAAACCUUACGAAUGUAGUGCAUGUGGCAAAGCCUUUAGCCAUCGCCAGUCCCUUAGUGUACAUCAGAGAAUUCACUCUGGAAAGAAACCAUAUGAAUGCAAAGAAUGUAGGAAAACCUUCAUCCAAAUCGGACACCUUAAUCAACAUAAAAGAGUCCACACUGGAGAGAGAUCCUACAACUACAAGAAAAGCAGGAAAGUCUUCAGGCAGAGCGCACACCUUGCUCACCCAAGAACUCAUAAUGGAGAGGCAACAGCACGCCCGUCUUUCCCUUCCACAUCGAGUCCCGUGGAUCUUCUCCCCAGGUUCCUCUGGGGUCCGCCGUCACUGUCGUCCCCCUACCUCCCCGGGGAGGCCAGCCCCGUGGGCUCCAGCUGCCGCCGCCGCCGCGAGGCCUGCGCGGGCCCGGUUGGGGCGGUGAGGCUGGAGGGGUGGACCGGAGCGGAUGUCGGAGCUCUGCCCUCUCAGGGUAAAGCACUUCUCACGAGGAGCCAGGAAGAGGAAGAGGUGAUGGGAGUUGAACUUCUUAAAGCCAUGCCCCUGGAUUCAGUGACUUUCACGGAUGUGGCCAUAGAUUUCUCUCAGGAGGAAUGGGAAUGGCUGAAUCUUGCUCAAAGGACUUUAUAUAAGAAAGUGAUGUUGGAGAACUACAGGAACCUGGUUUCAUUGGGUCUUUGCAUUUCUAAACCAGAUGUGAUCUCCUUAUUGGAGCAAGGUGAAGACCCCUGGAUGAUGAAGGGAGAGAGGACAGGAGGCCUCUGCCCAGACUUGGAGUAUGUUUGGAUGACCAAGGAAUUAUCUCCAAACCGGGACAUUUAUGAAGGAAAGUUAUCCCAGGCAGUGAUACUGGAAAGACUUCCAAGCUGUGACCUUACCUGCUCCACAUUAGGGGAAAACUUGAAAUGUGAAAACCUGUUUAAGAAGGAGCUGGUAAGUCAGAAGACACCUUUUAGUCAAGAGACAGUCACUCAUAUUGGUACCCUUAUUGAGAAAAGAGACCACUUUAACAAAUCGGGGACACUUUUACAUCUGAAUAGAUUAUCUUAUCUAGAGCAGGUAUUUUCCAUAGAAGAGAGAAUAUAUAAUUUUGACACAGAUAAGAAAAGUUUAAAAACACAUUCAUUUGUCAAAAAACAUAAGCAAGUCUUGGGAGAAAAGAAACUUCUGAAAUGUAACGACUGUGAGAAAACUUUCAGCAAAAUCUCAACCCUUACCCUUCAUCAGAGAAUUCAUACUGGAGAGAAACCCUAUGAAUGUGUUGAAUGUGGGAAAGCCUUCAGCCAGAGUGCCCACCUUGCUCAACACCAGAGAGUUCACACAGGAGAAAAACCCUUUGAAUGUACUGAAUGUGGGAAAGCCUUCAGUCAGAAUGCUCAUCUUAUUCAGCACCAGAGAGUUCAUACUGGAGAAAAGCCUUAUCAAUGUAAGCAAUGUAACAAAGCCUUCAGCCAGCUUGCACAUCUCGCUCAACAUCAGAGAGUUCAUACUGGAGAGAGACCCUAUGAAUGUAUUGAAUGUGGGAAGGCUUUUAGUGAUUGUUCAUCCCUAGCUCAUCAUCGAAGGAUUCACACUGGAAAAAGACCAUAUGAAUGUAUUGACUGUGGGAAAGCUUUCAGGCAGAAUGCUUCUCUGAUACGUCAUCGGAGAUAUUAUCAUACUGGAGAGAAACCAUUUGAUUGUAUUGAUUGUGGGAAGGCUUUCACUGAUCACAUAGGACUUAUUCAGCAUAAGAGAAUUCAUACUGGAGAGAGACCUUACAGAUGUAAUGUGUGUGGGAAGGCUUUUAGCCAUGGCUCAUCCCUGACUGUACAUCAGAGAAUUCAUACAGGAGAGAAACCUUAUGAGUGUAACAUCUGUGAGAAAGCCUUUAGCCAUCGUGGCUCACUUACUCUUCAUCAAAGAGUUCAUACUGGAGAAAAACCCUACGAGUGUAAGGAAUGUGGGAAAGCUUUUCGGCAGAGCACACAUCUUGCUCAUCAUCAGAGAAUUCAUACUGGAGAGAAACCCUAUGAAUGUAAGGAAUGCAGCAAAACUUUCAGCCAGAAUGCGCACCUUGCACAACAUCAGAAAAUACACACUGGAGAGAAACCGUAUGAAUGUAAGGACUGUGGUAAGGCCUUCAGUCAAAUUGCACACCUUGUUCAACACCAGAGAGUUCAUACUGGCGAGAAGCCUUACGAAUGUACUGAGUGUGGGAAGGCCUUUAGUGAUGGCUCCUAUCUUGUUCAACAUCAGAGACUCCACACUGGCAAGAGACCAUAUGAAUGUCUUGAAUGUGGAAAGGCCUUCAGACAGAGGGCAUCCCUGAUUUGUCACCAGAGGUGUCAUACAGGCGAGAAACCUUAUGAAUGUAAUGUUUGUGGGAAAGCCUUUAGCCAUCGUAAAUCCCUUACACUACAUCAAAGAAUUCAUACAGGAGAGAAACCUUACGAGUGUAAGGACUGUAGCAAAGCCUUCAGCCAGAUUGCCCAUCUUACACUGCAUAAGAGAAUUCAUACUGGAGAAAGGCCCUAUGAAUGUAAAGAAUGUGGGAAAGCCUUCAGGCAGAGUGUACAUCUCACUCAUCAUCAACGAAUUCAUACUGGAGAGUCAUCCUCAAUUAUUCCCUCCUCCUCACUCCCAUACCACCAAGUCCUCUAGAUUCAAUCUUCUGAAGGCCUCUAGAGUCCAUCCACUUUUUCCCAGUCUGUGUCCCAUUAUCAUAGUCUAAGCGGUAACCAUCUCAUUUUUAUGUUUACAACAGUGUUACAAACAUUUUCUCUCUAGCUCCCCUUAAGUGCAUUUUUAACACUGUAGCCAGCUUAAUCUUUUAAAAAUAGGAGUCAGUAUUCAUGUUAUUUUCCCAUUUAGAACGUUUGUCUUUAAGAAUAUGUUAGAUACCAUUUAAGGGCUUAGCACACGAUCCUUGACAUAUAAUUAGUGCCAUUAAGGUAAGGGUUUCCUUGCUGUUACCUUCAGCCGCAAAUAAAAUCUGGUAGGUCAAGACUAAGAAAUCUAAGGAUUUUAGAGCAGAGGACUCUUCACUCUCCCAGAAGGUAGGGAAAUGAACACAUUCAGAAUUAAAAGAUUCUGUGAUGGACAAGGUAACAUGGUGGCUUACCACUCUCUCUGUGUGAAUAAAUACAAAGACUUGUAGGAUUGCUGAUGAGGAACUCUCCGCUUCACCUGGCAUGCAGAAGUGAGAAUAGGCCAGUCAGAACAAAGGCAUUUGGUAGCAUGUAGGACUAGGCAGGUAUUGAAAACAAAGUAAGCAAGCUAGAAGACU